UACACACAAAAUCAUCAUUAGAUAGAAAGUCAUUUCUCUGAUGUUCUAAACAGCGGCCAUUUUACCUACAUCUGUCACCACUCACGAACAAGACUUGUACAAGAGGCCAGCGUUGAGGUGCCGCUGCAGCAAGAGUCACCUCCGCGAGAAGCACCACCACAAGUAACAUUGCCCUGACAAGUGCCGCCACGAGGUCUGUCGGCUUUCCCCCGCUGGUAGGCGAGACUGCAUCGCGUGAUUCGCUGUUUCCACGCGAGUUGCGAUUUUGAACGUCGAUCCAAAAAAAGUGACUUUUAGGCGACUCGAGAUCGGAGAAGGAGAAGAAGAUUGUGGACUCGUAAAAUCUUACUGGUUGAAACGCGAUUUUGACUACCUUGGUUAGCUCGUUUCUUUCCCUCAUUCUCCGAUUCCACAAUGCAAAGGCUAACCCCAAACUGCACAAUUUGGAGGGGCAUAGCCUCUAAGGUCAGAAAAAACUUGUUUUUCAUCAAUGACCCUUUUGCUGUGCGGUCUUUCUCUGCGGUUCCCCUUGCAGCAGCCACAAAAUUGUAUAAACCGGAGAUUCCGUGCGAUUUCCAGAAAUGGGCUUCGAUUGGAUUCUGUAGGACGUCGAAGUUCGCCUCUGGGUUCAACCCUCUGCAACCGAAACCUUUGGAUUCUAUUGUAGAUAUCCAGAGGUUGAAAGAUCGAUAUCCUGAAGAUAUUGCUUCUAUUUGGGAUGAUUAUCACAUAGGAAGAGGUCAUAUUGGAGCAUCUAUGAAAGCAAAACUUUAUCACUUGCUGGAACAUAGAGCUUCAGAGUGCCGAUACUUUGUGAUUCCUUUGUGGAGGGGAAGUGGAUACACUACAAUGUUUGUUCAAGCCAGUGCAAAUGCGUAUCCAGCUUCUUCAAGUAGCCAGUCCUCCAAGUCAGUGCAUCUUCAUCCAACAGGCUACAUAUCACUAGUGCAGGUCACGCUGUCUUCUCCAAUCUAUCCAGUUAAGUUCCUUACUGCUGGCAGCAGGUUGCUGCAACAGCUUAGACCAGUUCCAGCCAGGUCUCUUUGGCAGCAGACGCCCCACAUGCUUUUUACAGGUCUUGAAGAUUACAAGGCCAGGGGAACACAAGCAUCACCCUAUUUUACUGUCUCCUUUUACACUGAAUUUGCAGAGAGCAAGGAUCUGGUACUGAUCCGUGGGGAUGUCGUAUUUACCAGCAAGCUUACUGAUUCAGAGGCAGAAUGGCUUUUGGAAACUGCUCAGUCUUUUUAUUUGAAUGAUGCAAGGUACAAGCUGGUUGAGAGGUUCAACAGAGAGACACGUGAUUUUGAGUUCAAAGAUGUCUUGCAAAUACUGAACAUGCCUAUUUUGUAACCUUUUUUGAAUUGAACAACUGCUAAACUAACAGCGUGAGGACAAAGCAGAAGGGAGGAUUUGAUCACGGAUGAAAUUGCAAACGAAGGAUAGGAAGAACAGUAACUUUUUCAUUAUUUAGUCAUAUUCUUUUGCACAAGGAAGAGUGUCUUGGACUGAGCUUCCUCUUAUAUUGUAGUCUUAGAUUCAGUCUUUAUUUUUCUUUCAUGCUGAUUCAAUAAAUAGAUCUUGUAUUGAAUCACUGCUUCAAAACAUUUACAAACAAACAGGUAAAAUAGAAAAAGAAGUUUUGUUUUUGUCA